GCGACAAGAGGCGGUGACUGACGCCAGGCGGCAGCACUGAUCGUGUAAACACUACUACCUACCACGCGGGAGGGACUGCACACCAUCACAUCACACCACCACACCACCGCAAUGAAGAUAGAAGAGGUCAAAAGCACCACCAAGACCCAGCGAAUCAACGCACACUCGCACGUGAAAGGUCUUGGCCUGAGAGAAGAUGGCACUGCCGAGCCUUCGUCCGCAGGGCUAGUGGGACAGGCCCAAGCCAGGGAGGCCGCUGGCUACCUGGUUGACCUGAUUCGCACCAAGAGGAUGUCUGGUCGAGCUGCCCUGUUUGCGGGGCCGCCAGGCACUGGCAAGACUGCCAUCGCCCUUGCCCUUGCUCAGGAGCUGGGCAACAAGGUUCCUUUCUGCCCAAUGGUUGGGUCUGAAGUGUACAGUUCUGAGGUGAAGAAAACAGAAGUCCUCAUGGAGAACUUCCGGCGUGCCAUUGGUCUCCGCAUCAAGGAAGUGAAGGAGGUGUAUGAAGGGGAAGUGACAGAGCUCACUCCAGUGGAGACAGAGAAUCCCAUGGGGGGUUAUGGGAAGACUGUGAGCCAUGUCAUAAUCGGGCUUCGUACAGCCAAAGGCACCAAGCAGCUCAAGCUUGAUCCAAGCAUUUAUGAAACACUGCAAAAGGAGCGAGUGGAAACAGGAGAUGUAAUAUAUGUGGAGGCCAACUCUGGAGCUGUCAAGAGGCAGGGACGCUCAGACACCUACGCCACAGAGUUUGACUUAGAGGCAGAAGAGUAUGUGCCUCUGCCCAAGGGAGAUGUACACAAGAAAAAGGAGGUGAUCCAAGAUGUGACACUUCAUGACCUGGACGUGGCCAAUGCUCAACCUCAGGGAGGACAGGAUAUUCUUUCCAUGAUGUCCCAGCUCAUGAAACCCAGGAAGACAGAGAUAACAGAAAAGCUUCGAUUGGAGAUCAACAAAGUGGUAGACAAGUACAUAGAUCAAGGCAUUGCUGAGCUGGUGCCUGGUGUCCUCUUCAUUGAUGAAGUCCACAUGCUGGACAUUGAGUGCUUCACCUUCCUUCACCGUGCUUUGGAGUCGAGAAUUGCCCCCAUUGUUAUUUUUGCUACCAACAGGGGUCGCUGUAUUAUCAAAGGAACAGGAGAUGUUGUAUCAGCACAUGGGAUUCCCAGAGACUUGCUUGACCGCAUCAUUAUUGUACGUAUGAAGCCCUACGGACAGGAUGAGGUGUCUCAGAUCAUACAGAUCCGUGCACAGACUGAAGGAAUCAAGAUUGACAAUAAUGCCAUACAGGAACUCAGCAGUAUUGCAGAAAAGGCAUCACUCAGAUAUGCUGUGCGACUUCUCACACCUUCAAAUGUCAUGGCGCAACAAAAUGGAAAUGAGAGUGUGACUGCGGAAGAUGUAAGAGAAGCUGCUGAUCUAUUUAUUGAUGCAAAAACCUCAGCACAAAUGUUGGCAGAAAACCCUGAAAAAUUUAUGAAGUGAUAGUUAACUUUCAGGUGGAUACUUAUGAAGCAGAUGUUAUUAAUAACUAGAUAAAUUUUGUGGUUAAGGACUGCAACUUCCUGCCAGUAAGUUUUGGUUUCAUUAUCAUGUAUAAAAAACUGGUCAUCUGACAGACAAGCUAACAUGUUAAUACAUUCCAGAAAAAAAGCUGCCUUGCAAAUUUUGUUUUGAAAGUGAAGUAUUUAAGUAAACAUCCAAAAUAAUAAUUUGAACAUGAUCUGAAAAAAAUAAUAAUAAUCUUAAGUCACAUGCCAGGAGCUGAAUGUGAAAAAUAUAAUAAAAGUGUUUUUUUAAG